CAAACGUUUUUAAAUAAAGGAUUUCAGUUUCCAAAGAUUGAUUGCUUUACUCAAUACUCUACUUGGGUAGAUCUAGAGCUCGGCUGUCGGUAGCUCCUCAAUGCUACCACUAUUAUACACUUGAGAGUUGGGAGAUUGCUUCAAAGUUCAAACACACAUGGCUGCUGUCUCUCCUUCACUAGUCCCACUCCUCUUCUUCGCCAGAGUCUCAGGGCUUGCCGUAGCGGUGCUGGUCCUCUUCUGGGCUCUUGCCUUCAAAUCCAGCUUCCUUCCCCACUCAUCCUCCCAACAAUACCUCAUCUUUUCAGCUCUUCAUCCUUUAUUCAUGGUGAUUGGUUUUAUUCUCAUCAGUGGAGAAGCGAUUCUGGUGCAUAGAUGGUUGCCUGGUUCCAGGAACUCCAAGAAAUCUGUGCAUUUGUGUCUUCAAGGAGUGGCUUUGGCUUCUGGGGUUUUUGGGAUUUGGACAAAGUUUCAGGGGGAGGAUGGGAUCGUGGCUAAUUUCUUUAGUCUGCAUUCUUGGAUGGGCUUGACAUGUGUCUCCCUCUUUGGAGCUCAGUGGUUGAUGGGUUUCCUGAGCUUCUGGCACAGAGGAGAGGCGCGUACAGCAAGACUAAGGGUGCUGCCUUGGCACGUUUUCCUGGGCCUCUACACAUAUGGUUUGGCCGUGGCCACAGCAGAGACUGGGCUACUAGAGAAGUUGACAUUCUUGCAGACCAGGAGAAAUGUAUCCAGACACGGUCCAGAGUCCAUGGUUGUAAACGGCCUAGGCCUCGGAUUGGCCCUUCUUAGCGGCAUUGUCAUUCUGGCUGCCGUUUCACCAAAGCACCAAACCCCACUUCCAAAUAAACUCGUCUACUCGGAUGCCAAGUGCUUGUCGUCUUAAAAAAUUGAAAAUUGUUUUUACUUUGCUUCUUAUUAAUCUCAUUCAAAUAGUGGAUGCUUAUGUAAAAUCUUGUCUAAACGUUAUUAUAUUGUUAAUACCAGUAUUUACAGUCAUUUUACACUCA